GUUUGUUUCCUGACAGACGCUGGGGUUCCUGCCGCUACUGCGAUAAAAACAGCUAUUGUCGGGACAUCUGACGCUCACCACAGAUGGACCAGCAGGCCCAGUCCUACAUGCUUGCCAGUCUGACGCGGCCCCACUCUGAGCAGCUGCUGCAAGGCCUCCAGCUGUUGCGGCAGGACCAUGAGCUGUGCGACAUUGUGCUGCGAGUGGGGGAUGCUAAGAUCCAUGCCCACAAAGUGGUGCUGGCGAGCAUCAGCCCUUACUUCAAGGCCAUGUUCACAGGAAAUCUGUCAGAGAAGGAGACCUCUGAGGUGGAGUUCCAGUGUGUUGAUGAGGCUGCGCUACAAGCCAUCGUUGAGUAUGCCUACACUGGCACAGUAUUCAUCUCACAGGAAACGGUGGAGUCCUUACUGCCAGCUGCUAACCUGCUCCAGGUCAAGCUGGUGCUGAAGGAGUGUUGCUCUUUCCUAGAGAGCCAACUAGAUGCUGGGAACUGUAUAGGCAUCUCUCGCUUCGCUGAGACCUAUGGCUGCCAUGAUCUCUGCCUGGCUGCCACUAAAUUCAUCUGCCAGAAUUUUGAAGAGGUGUGCCAGACAGAGGAGUUUUUUGAGCUGACACGGGCGGAGCUGGAUGAAAUAGUGUCAAAUGAUUGUCUGAAGGUAGUAACCGAAGAGACUGUGUUCUAUGCCCUGGAGUCGUGGAUCAAGUAUGAUGUCACUGAGCGGCAGCAGCACCUGGCUCAGCUACUGCACUGCAUCCGCCUGCCUCUCCUCAGUGUUAAGUUCCUUACCCGCCUCUAUGAGGCAAACCACCUUAUCCGGGAUGACCACGCCUGCAAGCACCUGCUCAACGAGGCUCUCAAAUACCAUUUCAUGCCUGAGCACCGGCUCUCCUACCAGAUGGUGUUGUCUACACGGCCACGCUGUGCUCCCAAGGUGCUCCUUGCUGUUGGAGGCAAGGCUGGACUCUUCGCCACCCUCGAGAGCAUGGAGAUGUAUUUCCCUCAGACGGACUCGUGGAUUGGGCUUGCCCCUCUCAGUGUGCCCCGCUAUGAGUUUGGAGUGGCAUUGUUGGACCAGAAGGUGUAUGUGGUGGGUGGCAUCGCCACACACAUGCGACAGGGCAUUAGCUACCGGAGACAUGAGAGUACAGUGGAGAGAUGGGACCCUGACAGCAACACCUGGUCUACAGUGGAGCGCAUGGCAGAGUGUCGCAGCACCCUGGGGGUAGUGGUCUUGGCUGGGGAGCUCUAUGCCCUGGGGGGCUACGACGGCCAGUACUAUCUACAGUCUGUGGAAAAAUAUGUCCCCAAGGUGAAGGAGUGGCAGCCUGUGGCACCCAUGACCAAGUCACGCAGCUGUUUUGCCACCGCUGUGCUGGAUGGCAUGGUCUACGCCAUCGGAGGCUAUGGUCCAGCCCACAUGAACAGUGUGGAGCGGUAUGACCCCAGCAAGGAUGCCUGGGAAAUGGUAGCCCCCAUGGCAGACAAACGGAUCAACUUUGGUGUUGGGGUCAUGCUAGGGUUCAUAUUUGUGGUUGGGGGACACAACGGGGUAUCACACCUGUCCAGCAUUGAGAGGUAUGACCCACACCAGAACCAGUGGACAGCCUGUCGGCCCAUGAAUGAGCCACGUACAGGAGUUGGCUCAGCGAUCGUGGACAACUACCUCUAUGUGGUGGGGGGUCACUCGGGGUCAUCCUACCUGAACACUGUCCAGCGGUACAACCCCAUCACAGACAGCUGGCUGGACUCUAGUGGCAUGAUGUACUGCCGCUGUAACUUUGGGCUGACUGCACUUUGACCCAUGAUACCCCUGGGUAGGACUCCUUAAGAGAAGAGUUGGACGAAAGGCUUUUCUUCCCCCCCCCCCCCCCCCCCCCCCCCCGUUCAUCUCCAGCAGGCUGAGGGCGGUGCCACACUGCCGUGAAUCCCGGCGAGCGAGCUUGCUGCUGGAUGAAUGUGCCCGGCUGGCGACAGGGGACCACCGAGAUGGCCAGAGUGAGAAGGGUCUGGUUUGGGUGGAGGAAGGCGCGGGGCAGAUCACCAUGGAUCUUGUCACAGAGAUGACCACUACUGCUGCUGGACCACAACGAGGACUCUGACAUUUUACAGAGGACUGUGGAAGAAAACUAAGUUUAAAAAAAAAAAAAAGCGUAGACCUGUGUUUAUGCCAUUAUUUCUGUUAAACACUCCAGACUUUUUUCUUCUUCCUGCUAUGAGCAGAACAUGUGUUCCAAUUUUCUGGAUCCUUAAAGUUUGUGUGCGUGUGGCGCAGAAUGUCUGUAUGCUUGUGAGUAGAUGCAUGUCAGAUUAAAUGAUUGUUAUUUUGUCUCUGUGUGCUGGACUAAAGCUCAGGCAAGGUGAUUGGCUCACACACUGAGUUUGAAAUGUCUGCACCUAAAUCAGUGCUUCACAAAGAGAAAUUGGAAUCUUUAUAUAUUCACUUACAAGGGCUGCCUUUUUUUCUCUGUAAAUUAAAAGAAAUAGAUAUGAAUAUAUCCUCUAGUGCAUUGCCUGUAAAUGUUUUUUGCACUGGGUUACUAGUGUGUGUGUGUGUGUGUGUAUUUGAGUCAAGGGUUGAAGGAUACGCAAACCCCAAUGAAUUCUCCUGAGAGUACUUGCCACCUGUCUGUUUCAUCCUUGGAGCAAUUCUGAGAUCCCUCAUGUUACAGCUUCUAUUACAUCAUCCUGUGGUAGGGUCACACUUCAUCCCUCUUCAUAAGCUUUCAAAAGUGACCCUGUCCCUCUUCACUGCUGGGUUUGUAUGCUGCUAACUGGUGCUAUAUUCAGGAUUCUCUUAUUUUAUUUGUUCCUCUGUUACUGUUGUAGAUGUUGGUUGUAUACUAAUGUAUAUGCCCCAACUUGACAAGCUCCCAUGCAAUAAAGCAGUGUCUUUACUUUGAGCCCCAUGUUAAAUUGAACUCUUUAGGCAGUCUAUCAAUACAUUACUGAUCUGAUGCUUUCAUUCUUUAGCCCCAGGGAUGCCAUCCGUUAAGCUAUGGUUUGCCUGAAACAUUGUCCCUGCAUUUAAAAAGUAGUACAUCUGGCUGCCCGCUAUCACUGCCAGUUUCCUUACAAAGAAAGUCUGUGAUUGUUGUGCUCUAAUGGGUUAGGAACAAGCCUCUUGUUUAGCAUGUGAAUGAUCCCUACACCCUCUCUGCUUGCUUGCCACCUCUCUGCUGAAGCAUGUGUGAGGAGCUGCAUGUGGCCAUGGCCUUCCUGACGAGCUCAGGGAAGAGUGCAUAUACACAGCCUCAUGAGACGUGCCAAAAUAUGCUUUCACAAGUCUGGUGUAACUUUCCCACCUUACAUACAGAGCUACAAAUAGCUUUCCUCUGUGUGCCAGAAUCAAAGGGUUAUUUUCACUGUUAAUGUAUGGUACGUGUGACAUACCGCCCUGCUGUCAUAUGGAGGGGUGGAUGCGGUGUUGUCUCUGUCAAGGGAAAUUGUCAGUCACAAAGUCUUUGACAGACCAAGGGCAUGGGGACAGAGCUCAAAGUGCCCCCCCCCCCAGAAAGCUGCAGGCUGAGUCUGAGUGUUGUAGCUUUGGGUCACUCUAAAGGGCAGGUAACAUGAGGCAAUAGAGAGAACUAAUGUGAUGUGUAAACCUCAAGAAUCCCUGUUGGUUCAGAAUGAUAGAGUUGUUUACUUGUAUUGUACAUUAUAGAUGUUUGCACAUGUGGAAAACUUAAAUGGAGCUCUGCAUUGCACUUACCAAAUUAUUUGAUCGAUUUAGGUUAAUGGCAUUUAGACAAUGCAAUAUUGUUUUCAGUGGAUACAAUUUUUGCUUUGAAUUUGGCUUCCUCAAAGUCAAGGUGUCUCAUAUUGCUGUGAUGUUAUCACAUGUGGCAUGUCUGUCUGUUCACAUGUUUAUCUUGUCUGAUGAAAGACCACUGUUAUUCAAACCUCUGUUUUCCUCAUCCCACUUUGCAUGGUGUGCUCUUGUCUUUGGGAACAUUUCCAAUGUUGUGCCUGUCAGUUCACAUGUACUAGGAAAAGUUUGCAGACAAAUGCAUUGUGUACUCCAGUAAAAAUACCAGUUAUUGUUUAGCAUUUUUCACAAGUAAUGUAAGAUUGGCACAAGACUUUGACUGUGUAUGGGUCUUGCUCUAAGCCAUUUUAUCGGUCUCACCAGAGAGCAGCCGUGCAGUUACAGUACUGCAGUUUUGUGUGUUCUUCCAUUUUACACACUUGUCAGUUGUGGUUACAAAUGACAGUACACUUUAGCUCUUACCCUGUAACUUUACCUUGGACUAUUUAGUCUUGCUCUAGCAAUAAGAGGCCGAGUACGAGCUUGUCCAAACAAGCAUGUGAGUUUUUCACUUGAGGACUCUUUUUCAAAAUACUUCAUUUAUUUUUGGUUGAGUCUUAGGGGUAGUUAAAUUUCAAGGUGUCGUGGUUAGAUGGCUGCUGCUGUUUUUUUCUCAUCCUGGAAUAGUGGGCUUUAUCAUUUCACACUGGAAACAUCUCCAGAAAUCCAGUCAUUUUCUUUCUCCAUGUUUUUUUAAAGACGCCAUUGUUAAGUUGUCACGGGAUGCAAGUAAAUGGUGAGCCAUUUUAACCUGCAUGACUGUACAGCUCCUAUUCUAAAUGCAUACUAUUUAUCUGCAUAACUAUGAAAUGAUUCUAAUUUCUUUGGAUUUUAUUCAUUUGGAAUAAUGUGAAUGCAAAUCUAACAUUGCAAACAAGCAAUUAGGUGAAAUUGUAUAUUCUUGGGAAAUCCUAAGACAAACAGUGCAUUUUUGGGGGGUGAAUAAACGGCCAUUUCAUAUAGUUCAAAAGGAUCUAAUACUUUCUUUUAAACAUUUGCCAUUUAUUGAAUAUUUUUUCCAUUUAGAUUGUGUGUACUUUUUAACUCUUGAUGUUAGGUAAAUGAGGCAUUUGUCUAUCCACAACAGGCUGGUAGGAUGAGCCUGAACAUCAGAACAGUGAAAAUCACACAGGCGUGAUUGUCUGCGUCAAGCAUUUGUUACACUAGCAUGUAUAGAGAGGUUAUCCUUGUGUGGAUAUUGAAAACCACAAUGUUAGGGAUGUAUUUUUACUGACUUAUUUACUGCGUUGGAGGGAAAACUCUUGGUCAUACGUGGAAUCUGAAAACAUCAAACUGCAAAAUGAAGGGAUGUAUAAAUGUGUGUGAUAUUCAUUUACUUAUUUAUCAUAGCCUAACCACGUCUUUGACACCUUUCACCAAAGUGCUUGUUUUAAAGAAUGCAGAGGGAGUACUAAUAUCAAGUCUGGAAAAGACGCACUGCUAUCUCGUGUCUAAAAAAAUAAAAAUAAUUGAAACCGAUGUCAAUGUUAGCCAAACGAACACUGCUUCAUUUACAUUUCCCAUGAGUGUGUCUGAAGGUGAUAUUUUUGAAUGGUAUAUCCUGUGGAUUAUUACUGGAACUACAAGAACCUUGCUGUAGAAGCUGUAUUUCCCCCACAUUUUAUCAUGCUUUGAACAUACAUUUUAGCCAGUUUAUUUAUUUGGUGCAGUUGUACUGUUAAAAUUAAUAAAUGCCUGCCUUAAAGGUA